AUGGUUCAAGUCAAAACUUAUCAACUUCCCCCCACAUCGCUCAUCCCCAACUCCCCUCGGCCUAUUCUCCACUAUCCAGGCUUCUUUCCCGUAUCGUCUACAGCAGCAGCUCAAGCCUAUGACAUACUCUCCGAGAAUGGAUGGCAGGCACAGUGGAUAUACCGCUAUGGUUCUACGCAGGCUUCGCAUUACCACUCAAACGCGCAUGAAUGCAUGGUAGUGCUUUCUGGGUCUGCCACGAUUCAGUUUGGUGCUGCGGAUCAAGAGGAUAGAGGAGAUGGUAGUACCGGUGCCACUAAUGGUGGUCAUGAAGAAGACGGUGUCAAAGUGCAAGCCCACGUAGGCGACGUCUUUGUCAUCCCCGCAGGCGUCGCGCACAAGACGUUUGAUACCAGCCCUUCUCUUCCAUUCGCACUAUUGACCCCCAGAAACGGUCCUGAUGUUUCGGCUCAUGAUCAAAGACAGGCGAUAGCUGACACACCGCUUUCUGGGUUUACCAUGAUGGGUGCUUAUCCGAAAGAAGGAGGAGCAUGGGACUUUUGCACUGGAGGAGGGCACGUUGGGGAUUAUGAAAAGGUUUGGGCUGUUGUGAAACCAGAGAGGGAUCCUGUUUUGGGUCAAGCCGAGGAGGGAUUGGUUGGGAGGUGGAGUGAAUAG